GGCCCGGCCGCCCCCUGCCUCCGGGCCUCCGAUCCCGCCACUGCUGCCAUCGCCCUAGGCCGUGCCGCGAGGUCUUUGAGCACCAACUACAUGCCAGGCACUGGAAUUCCGACAAAGAAUCUUUGCCCUCCUGGAGCAGGCAAAAAUGAGCCAGAUGCAGAAACAGAGGCCCAGAGAGGCUUAAAGCUUGCCCAGCGUCACAUAGCUCGGACACUCCAGACCUGACAUUUGAACCCAAAGAAGAGCAAGUCAAAACCAGAACUGGGCAGAGGGCAGGGAAGUGAGCUGUGGCCUGAGAGGUCCCGAGCACGCGCCAUGAAGCUGAACGAGCGCAGCCUGGCCUUCUACGCCACCUGCGACACCCCGGCCGACAACACGGGCUUCCUGUACAAGAAGGGCGGCCGGCACGCGGCCUACCACCGCCGCUGGUUCGUGCUGCGCGGCAACAUGCUCUUCUACUUCGAGGACGCGGCCAGCCGCGAGCCGGUGGGCGUCAUCAUCCUGGAGGGCUGCACCGUGGAGCUGGUGGAGGCCGCCGAGGAGUUUGCCUUCGCCGUGCGCUUCGCCGGGUCGCGGGCCCGCACCUACGUGCUGGCGGCCGAGAGCCAGGCCGCCAUGGAGGGCUGGGUGAAGGCGCUGUCGCGGGCCAGCUUCGACUACCUGCGGCUGGUGGUGCGCGAGCUGGAGCAGCAGCUGGCGGCCGUGCGCGCGGGCGGCGGCCACACCCCCGCCGCCUCCGCCCCCGUUAGGGCCAAUCCCGGCUCCCGACCCGGCCCCGAGCCCCCGCCACUGCCGCCCCGCCGGCGGGCCUCGGCGCCCAACGGGCCUCUAGAUUCCGCCUCCUUCGCCCAGCUGCACGAGUGGUACGGACAGGAGAUCAGGGCGCUGAGGAGCCAGUGGCUCAGCAGCCAGGCCCAGCCCUGAGACGCUGGGGGACCUGGUCGUGAGGGAAAUCGCCAUCAGGGUCAGCCCUGAGGUCCCUGCCGGGUCUGCCUUCGGGAACUCAAGGUGCUGAGAAGAUGCUGGAUUCUGAGGGAUGCUUUGGGACCUCUGUAAUUCAGAGAGAGCCUAGCCUUGAGGAGGCACCGUGCCCGAUUCUCAGGAGGCUCCAGGCCCUAGAUGAUCCUCAAGCAGCCAGAGAGCUGUUUUUGUGGAAGCCAAACCCAUGCCAACAGGUGCCUUGGUCGCCUGUCUUGAAGCACCGAGCAGAGGCUUGUUGCUGGCGACACGCCUUGGCCGGGGCGCCUGGGACCUGCCAGGACCUAUGGUCUGGAAGGCACAUGCGCAGUCAGCACUGGUCCAGACUCGGCCCCACGUGGUCAGGAGGCCGGGCUGUGCUGCACCACACCUGGGCCUGUCCUCCUUUUCCUCCAAGGCCUGCUGGAGGAGCUGCCUGGCUCCCAGCCACCUUCCUGCCUCCAUAAGCAGCAGGUGCAGAAAGGCAGCACCGGUGUGGGUUUUCAUGUAUGACCUGCACCGGGCUUCUAUCCUGGAGCAAGGCCCAGGCAGGACUAUUCCUGGGGCCUCAGGCAGGACUAUUCCUGGGGCCUCAGCCAGGCCUUGGGGUGGUGCCUCCGGGGCAGUAGACCCUCUAGCCUUGGGCCAUGUCUGUGUGCCUGUGGCAACUCUCACCCUCUCCCAACACUCCUUAACCACAUCCUCUGUCUUCUCCCAGAGCCAGCUCUCCCGUCCUUGGCCUGGGGUUGGGCCUCGCAGGAGCCCGCCUGACCUUGUCCAGUCCUGGGCCGGGCAGCCGUGGCCUGAGCUGACUUCCCAGCAGGUGCCCCUGUGAGUCUGAGCUGACUCACAGCCCAGAAAGGGUCCAGAUGCCAAUCUGAUAGGGGCAAAGCAGCAGCUGCCAAACCAUGUCUGGCUUCCAGAACCCUCUCCCAUCACAGCCUGUCUCCGUGCUCACCAACUCAGCCCCACUGUCGCCCAACAAUAUUCUGAGGGAGACGAGGUCUUGCUUUGCCCCGCACUCAACUUCUGGUUUUACUGUUAUUCACUCACCACAGUGGCCAUUUUUCAUCCAGGGAGAAUCUCCGGGGGCUGGGACACCCUGGCCUCAAGCUGGGUCAUGUUUACAGUCCUCAGUGCCUCAAAAUUGGGACCCCCUGAGGACACCUCCGCCCUAAUCUUUAUUUCCCCAGAGGCUCCCUCUUGGAGACACAGACUCGGCCCUAGGCCCCUUCCUGUUGCCUUUGGAGACCUCGGGGCUUGGGAAGAAUGGGGGCUGUCUGUGUGUCUGCAAUCACCAGCUCACUGCUGGCUCAGCUGACUGGCGUUUCAGUUUUAAUUUACUUUUUAAUACUUUGGGGUGUCUUUUUUUCCUCCUAGCAACAAAGUUUGGUAUUUUUGCUGUUUUUGUUUCUUGUUGGUUGGUGAAGGGAUAGGGUGCCCUGGUUCUGGGCUUGGCUAGUGGCAAUGGGGGGUAGUUGGUGCUGCCCCUGGGGUGGCGGCAGGGAGCCUUGGCUGGGGACAAAGGAACCUCCAGAAUCUCACCUGACUCUUUGCCUUCUCCCUGGCGAGCCCUGCUCAGCUGCAGGCGCCUCUGGGGGUCUUGGUACACUUCCCAUCCCCCCUUCCCCCAGUCCUGAGUGGUGGGGCGGGGUUGGCAGCUCUAGUCUAUAGGCUCUGGGGUCUCAGGGGGUGUUAAGAACUGUUAGGUGCCCAUGUCCUGGCCAGACCCAGCUAGUGUGGUGAGGCGCUGGCUCCAGUCCUGGUGUAGGUUUAUAAGCUCUAAAGGUACAAUCUCCCCCCACCCACCCUCAAAGCCCCAACAUGGGGUCAGGCUGCCUCCAGAGCUGGGCAGGGGAGAGAUAUAAAGCAGGCUGGGAGAGGGAAAUAGAGGCUAAAAUGAAAUAAAUAAAAAGUUUAGCAAGUAA